UUUGUCGACAUUUGUAUAAGUUACGUGGAUAGUUCUACAAAUUGAGGGUUACAACUUGUCUGUUUUGAUUGGAAAGAAAUAUCAGUGGAUUGAACAAGUUAUUAAAAUGAUGGAAGAAGUGAAUGAGGAUGCCAAUGGAGAAUCAUCAUUUGAAUUUGUCAAUAAUAAAGGAGAAGAUGGUUUGGGAACUGUACAAUCAUCUAAUACCCUUACCUCUGUAGUUCCUUCUUCUGUUCAAGGUGUUAUAACCAACCCUGAUAUCACCCCUCAACCUCCUAUUUCUACUAACACUAACUUAAAAUCCAAUUCCCCAACCCCACCACAACAAUCAUUCCUUCCUCCUUCAGGGUUGCCAACAUCACCUGCUAGCUUUCCCAGCACCGUCCUACCUCCACAGCCUAUUCCCAUGUUCCCUGUUGUUCCUGGAAAUUCAACAACAGUCAGCUCUGGAGUAGGUGUAUCUCAGCCUCUGAUGAGCUCAGAAGGACAAGGAUCAAGUGAAAGAUCAUAUUACACUCCACAAACAAGUUCUUCUAUUCCAAGCCCCAGUACUGUUCCAGUGCAGAUGAUGCCACAGCCAAUGCAGCCUGUUCCCAUGGUAUCAACACAAAGUGCUACUAUCAAUCUUCCUCUGGAUAACACUGCUCAGCCUCCUCUGCCUGAGGUAGACCAGAGUCAAGGAGGUGGGGUGUGGGGAUGGUUGAAAAGUCAUGAAUUACUGAAUAAAGUUGCUGAGAAAGCUAAGAAUUCAGUUGACUCCAUGAUUACCACACUGGAUCCUGGAAUGAAGGAAUACAUUUAUUCUGGAGGGGACAUUGACGUAGUAGUUGCCUCGGACAAAGAAGUAAAGGUUUCACCAAUUAGAGAGGCUUUCCAGCAGGUGUUUGGUCGAGCAAGCGUUAAAGGAAUUGCAGCACAAGCUCAAACUAUUGCUUCCCAACCCAUUGGAUUUUCUGCUGGAGUGAAGGGUGCUGAAGAAAGAAUCAAUUAUCUUCACCAACAGGGUUUGGUUCAACCAUUCCAAAUUGUUGUUGCUGUGGAGAACUUCCUUGCUGAACUUACUCCAGAUAGUUGGUAUGAUAUUGGCUGCCUUAUUCUACAAGAUAUGAAAUCAGGUAUUACUCUUCAAACCUUCACCCAAGCUACUCCAGUGCCUCAACAGUAUCUACUUCAGGCCCAAGACCGAACCCCUCCAGACUACCCCUUAGGUUGGUCUGGUUAUGCUGUUACAAUUGGACAUAUCAUUGGGCCAGCCUUGGGUGUUCCUCAUACAGAGUGGCAGGCAGCCCUUACGGGAGUGUCACGCCGAGAGAGCUUGUUUAUGGCAGCCAAGGCUCUGGCUGGUCUAUACAAAGCCAGGUUUCAGAGAUAAUAACAAAUAGAAGACUUUUAAGUAUUGUAAGAAUGUAAUGUCUUCUGAAGAUUCUUAUUUGGCCUUUUAAAAUCAUAUGCAAGAGUUGCAUGGCAAGUCAGUGUACUACAGAAACUGUCAGGAGGUAGCAUUAUUUGUAAUUAUUACUACUAAUAAUAGUCAUUUUUUCACUGUACAGUUGAUGACAAAAAGAAGUUAAUGCAAUGAACAUCAUAUAUGGGAACUGAUGACACUGUCAGAUAUUAAUAUUAUAUAUUUUGUGUUUAACCCCAAAAUGUCUGUACGAGUAUAUAUAAACUUAGACAUGUUUAAUAUGUAUAUUGUAUUAUUUUUCGUUUCAUAAACUAUAAAGUAACACUUGUUCCAUUAAAAUAAGCUGAAAUUAGAAAAAAAGGAUAUUACACUUGCAGAAAGUGGCAAAAAUGAUAAAAUUACUAUGAUAUACAUGACAACCCUUUGUUUAUUAUGUGUAUGUCAACUGAGUUACUAGCUUUUGUUAAUAUUAUUUUUCUAAUAUAAUCAUUUUGUUUUGUUUUUUAACAAAAAAAAGUGGGUUUAUUUUUACUUCUGGAUAUCUUUGGUAAAGUAAUAGCUACAGAUACACAUUUUUUUCAUCUGUAGUUACAUUGAAUUUUGUAGGGGUAUAUUAGAAGAGGAAUAUUAAUUAUUGUUUUAGGUAGACUAUUAUUAUUUUUCUCAGUUUUCUUCAGGAACAUCUGAUUCUAACUAAUUGAUGGUAUUGGCACUUUUAUCUUUAAAAACCAUAAAAUAUAUGUUCCGAUCACACAACUGUAUGUUUUUAUAAAAUGAUAGACUACACUGUUCUUAUUAAAGGAAGUAACAACCAGGAGUAAGACAACUACUGUCUGUCUCUAAAGUUAUGUAACUGUUAAAAUUUAAUAAAUAGCAUAUACUUGGGAUUCUCACAUGGUUUUGAUAAUUCCAGUAGGAGGAGCUUCAUUUCAUUGGUUUUUUUAUGUAAAAUAACAAUAGUUUGCACACACAGCUAAAAUAGUAAUUGCCAGCUAUGUAUGUAUAAGAAAUUGUAAACUUACAGGCUGUAUUUGAAUACAUUAUUGAACUAUUUUUUUAUAUAAUAAAGGAUAUGGUGAAGCAUGACAAGUUACAUUGAAAGAGUGUCUUCUUACAUCACUGACUAAUGUACCAUAUACUGGUGUGUUGCAUAAAAUCUCUUUAGUGAAUAUAAGAUAUUGUUUGUUGUGAAAAAAUUGUUUGUAUGGAAUUCAUAUUCUCACACGAGUUUUUGUUUUUCCUUUAAAUUGUGUGUUUUAAUAGAAUGUAGAAAAUAUGUAGAAUUCACAGAAUUCCAGAAACAUGUCACAAAAUUUGAUAGAUUUAAAAAAUUGGUUAUGUCCAGCACUUAGUCAGGAAUUGGUUACUUAAACUUACAGAUUCUUAUGACGUUUUAAAGGAUUAAAGUUUUGAUAUACUUAUAUAUGUUUAAAACCAUCUGUAACUAAAAGUAAUAAAUAUUAUUCUGCAGAAAUAA